GAGGAUUUGCUGGACUCAACCAAUUCCAAGUGUUCGGUUUGUUUGGAAGAUUUUCAGCCGGGCUCCCGAGCAACGCGGAUGCUGUGUGGCCACCUCUUCUGUACCAUGUGCAUUCGAGAGUGGCUCCGCGAGGCCAAUAGCUGCCCUGCGACUUGGAGCGAUUUGGGCAACGGCCAAAACGGACGGUCCCGCAUGGCCGGGCGCCAGAUCCGCUUGAAGCGCGCGGAGCUGCGCCUCCUGCGGAUCUCGGAGCUGCGGCGGCUGAUGGACGCCUUGGGCAUUUCGGGCGAAGGAUGCCUUGAGAAGGCAGAACUUUUGCGGCACCUCGAAGUGGCUCCUGAUAUCGUGGUGGAAGAAGAAAAUACCGGCGCCACGAUUUAUGAGAAAGAGGAGCUGCUGACUUUGGAUAUGCCUUUGCUGCGCAACCUUUUAGAGCGCCACAAGGUGCCAUAUUCCAUCGACGAUGAUGUGUCUGAAGAGGAGGAACGCUCGGUGGCCUUGAAGUCCUUCGCGGAGUUCGGGUGGAUGAAGGGUAGCAAGGAACGACCAAGCGCUGCGAAGGAUCACGAGCUUCAAAGCGAGAAGCUUUCGGCCAGGGAGAACGUCAAAAGCACAGAUAGCGAAGAUCCAGGCAGCUCUCAGAAUGCUGAGAAAGAGGUCGUGAAGCCAAAUUCUGAGCAAAAAGAGGAGGCAAAAGAGGAGAAAGAGAAGGAAGAGAAAGCAGAAAAAGAGAAAGAAGAGAAAGAAGAGAAAGAAAAGAAAGAAGAGAAAGAAGAGAACGAGAAAAAAGAAAGUACAGAAAAAGAUGAACAAGAUCAAGAGGAAGUGGACCACCGAGAGAAGGGAGAAACUCCUGAUACCGAGAGUGGGUCACAGAGUGCAACUUCCUCAGGUCCUCUUGGGAAAUCCGACCGCCUUAGUGGCUGUUUCUUUCAUUGGCCUAGGUCCGAGGAGAUAUCUCAAUCAUUUUCAAUCUGUCCAUUUCAUGGGUAAACCAACCUUUCUGGUCCAUUUCAAGGAACCGGUUGAGAUCACGAUGUCACCUUGGGACGUAGAAACGACAACAUCCCGGUGUGGGGCAUCAUCCCUGGUCCAAAAGCUGCAGCUUGGUGACUUGGUGAUGAAUAAGAUUCAUCAUCCAAGGGAGAAGACCAGGGAUUUCCAUAGCUGAUCCAUGAAUGUUUACUGGGGAUCCAUUAAUCCCAUCCAAUGUUCAACAACCCCAUAGACUAUGGUCCCAAAUAUGUGGCACGUCAUCCCCGAGUAAACCAUGGCUUCUGGAUCUUUCCGGGGUGU